AUAAUAAUAUACCGUACGUGCAAGCAUUUCUACUUUCCUUCCUUUCUUCCUCCUCAAUUCCCUCAAACCCCACAAAACCCCUUUCCUCUUUCUCUCUCUGUCUGUAACAAUGGAAGGUCCUGCAAAUGAUGAGGGAUCGAUGGCGAGCUCUUCGAACACUUUGCCACCGUUCCUGAAGAAGCUUUAUGCGAUGGUGGAUGACCCUGAGACCGACUCGGUGGUCUCGUGGAGCAAUGCCAACAACAGCUUUGUAGUUUGGAAUGCCCACGAGUUCGCCGCUAACCUUUUGCCCAAACACUUUAAGCACAAAAACUUCUCCAGCUUCAUCCGCCAGUUGAAUACUUAUGGAUUUAAGAAGGUUGACCCAGAUCGCUAUGAAUUUGCAAAUGAGAGGUUUUUGAGAGGUCAAACACACCUUUUGAAGAGUAUUAGUAGGCGGAAACCAGUUCAUGUACCUGGUCAUCAAGAACAACCUAAAGUGCAGAGCUCCUCAGUUGGGGCAUGUGUUGAGGUGGGGAAAUUUGGGCUUGAGGAAGAGGUUGAAAGACUUAAAAGGGACAAGAAUGUUCUAAUGCAGGAACUUGUUAGGUUGAGGCAGCAACAGCAAACAACUGAUAACCAGUUGCAUAAUGUGGGGCAACGUGUACAGGUAAUGGAGCAGCAACAACAACGAAUGAUGUCUUUCCUUGCAAAGGCUUUGAAGAGUCCUGGCUUCUUAGCCCAGAUUGUACAGCAGCAGAAUGAAAGCAAUAGGAACACUGCCGCAGUGAGUAAAAAAAGGAGACUGUCGGGGCAGGAAGAAGAAAGUGCAGUUGGUGAGCAUCACACUAAUGCUCCUGAUGGACGGCUUGUCAAGUAUCAGCCUUCCAUAAAUGAGGCAGCUAAAGCAUUGCUGCAGCAGAUCUUGAAGAUGAAUGCAACACCUAGGGUGGAACCGUUGAUGAACAACUCUGAUGCAUUCCUGAUUGAUGAUGCUCCUACUCAUACAUUUGACAGUGGAUGUUCCUCAAGUCGAGUUUCGGGAGUGACCCUUUCUGAAGUUCCACCUAUGUCUGGGCAGUCAUAUAUGCCAGCGAAGCCGGGAUUUCCUGUCAGUUGUCCAUCUACUUCCAUUCCUGAUAUUCAAUCUUCCUCUUAUGUGGUGCCUGAUCAUGCUAAAGCUGCUCAAUUCUCAAAAUUGAAUGUGCAUAAUUCUCAAGAAGAGUCUAUUUUGCCCGACUUCACUAAUAUGCAAGGAAUCUUGCCAGAAAGCACUGCAGAAAUCGGUGAUAUGAAUCAUGUGGGGGCUGUGACUGGGAAUGAAAGUCAUUUGGAUCCAAUAUCUGCAGCUUUGGAUGGGACAACACCCAUAGAAACUGAUGCUUUCUCUCCAGAAAGUGAUGUGGAGGCCUUUCUUGAUGAGAUCCCUAAACUUCCGGGCAUUAACGAUAUUUUCUGGGAACAAUUCCUUGCAGAGAGCCCACUUACUGGGGACACAGAUGAAAUUAAUUCAAGUUCGCUAGAUGGUAGUGUUGCCAUGGAUCAUGAGUUACAGAUCGAAAAGAAAAAUGGUUGGGACAGGAUUCAACAUAUGGAUCAUCUUACUGAGCAAAUGGGGCUUCUUGCAUCGGAGAGCAGAAUGGGAUGACCUUACCUAUUGUAUAUGCAUGUUUCUUUCCAUCUAGAGCAAAGUCUGUCAUCACCAACACCCCACACAUUCGUGGAAUAAAGCAUAUCCCAAAGCAAAUCCACCGAUGCUUUCUCUCAAUCUUGCGGAGGACGACGAAGCUGAAAGUCCCAAUGUAGCUGCCCGUCAGAGAACCACAUAACCUCUGACACUAAGGACUUAGUACGACUAAUACCAUAUAGUUCUGGAAAUGCAACCUUAAGAGCACAAUCCCUCAUUCAUCCUCCCAAAGCUUUACUUUAGUUCCAUCACCCACAUCAAACCAAAAGAAUUUAGAGAAGUCCAUCCAACCACUUCUAAUGGAUUUCCACACACUAACACCAUAAGUACCUGUUACCGGUUUGGUGCACCAACCACCCCCUCCAUCCCCAUAUUUUGCCUCAAUAACCUUCCUCCAAAGGGCAUCUCUCUCUGUUCCAUAUCUCUAUAACCAUUUAUCUUACAAAGCAGAAUUAAAUUGUCUCAACCUUCGAAUCCCUAAACCUCCAUUUUGCAUCGGCAUACAAAGCUUAGCCCAUUCCACCAAAGGCAUCUUAGGAGCAUCAAUACCACUCCAAAGAAAGUCUCUUUGUAAUUUCUCCUUACAAUUAGCCACCUUUGUUGGAACAGGAAAGAGAGAAAGGAAAUAAGUAGGUAAGCUAGACAGAGUACUCUUAAUAAGAGUUACUUUGCCCCCCUUAGAUAAAUACAACCUCUUCCAUCCAGCUAGACGUCGCUCCAUCUUCUCCAAAACAGGGUUCCAAAUUGCCUCCUCUUUAUGUAUAGCACCCAACGAAAGGCCCAAGUAUUUCAAGGGAAGCGAAGACUGCCUACAACCCAAAAUCUCCACUAAUUCCUCCAUAUUAGGCACGAUACCAAUUGGUACCAAUUCUGACUUCAACAAAUUAUUUUUUAGCCUUGACACCACUUCAAAUCUAGCAAGAAUCCCACGCAUAGCAACUAAAUGAUGUGAGUCAGCAUCACAAAAAAUGAGUGUCAUCUGCAAAUAAGAGAUGGGACAUUGUAAGCAAUGUACUAGCUGAAUUACCUACUGAGAAGCCCAAAAACCCAAAAUAGCAGCUGCAUCCAACGUAUGACUCAAAGCCUCUAUGACAAUAUCAAAAGGAGCGGAGAUAAUGGGUCCCCUUGAUGAACACACCAAGUGCUUCAAAAGAAAUCAUCCGGGGUACCAUUUAUCAAAAUAGAAAAUUUGACAGUUGAUAAACACCACAUAAUCCCCCUUCAUUUUUUUGAGAAGCCACACUGCCUAAGCAGAUACAUAAGAAAUUUCCAAUUCACAUGAUUAUAGGCUUUCUCAAUAUCCAACUUGCAAAUAAACCCCCGACACCCCUAACUUCAUCCUACUGUCUAUACAUUCAGAAGCAAUUAAUACAGGAUCCAAGAUUUGUCUACCUUUAACAAAGGCAUUUUGUGAGUCUGAAAUAAGACUAUGCGCCACCCUACGCAAGUGAUUAGCUAAAACCUUAGAAAUAAUCUUAUACAUCCCUCCCACCAAACUAAUAGGGCGAAAAUCCUUCACUUCCACAGCAUUAGGUCUUAGGAAUGAGAGCAAGGAAAGAGACAUUAAGACGUCUUUCAAAAACAGCUUGCUCAUGGAAAUUAUGAAGAACUGCUGUAAUAUCUGAUUUCAAAAUACUCUAGCAAGCUAGAUUUAAAAAAGGCCAUGGAGAAACCAUCUGGACCUGGUGACUUAUCGCCAUUGAAUCCAUUAAUCACCCCAAACACCUCAUCCUCCUCAAAAGGUCUAUCCAACCAGCUAGCAUCUUCCUCAAAAAUUCUUCCCAACUCCACAUCAUCCAGAACGGGGCGUUAAACCUCAUUUUCAGAGUAAACCUGUCUAUAAAAACGAGUAAUACACUCCUUAAUGGAUCCCUGGUCAGAAGACAGCACCCCAUCCACCAUAAGCUUAUCAAUAGAAUUAAACCUUCUGUGAGAGUUGGCCAUAUGAUGAAAAAAUUUUGUGUUCUUUUUAUCGCCUUCUUUAAUGCAAACCACUCUUGAUUUUUGCCUCCCAACAAAUUUCUUUCAACAUCAUUUUUUCCAAUUCUUAGCUAAUUCUUUCCUUAUUCAGUUUUUCCUCUACCGUAGGAACACGACUUUCCUCAACAGUCUCCAAUACCCCAAGAUCACUCCACAACUUCUUCCCCUUUUCUUCUACAUUACCAAACUCCUCCACAUUCCAUUUCUUAAGAUCAACCUUCAAAGCCUUCAAUUUACUUGCUAAAAUAAAACUUGGGGCUCCAUGUAAAUGAUAAGACUCCCACUAGGAGCGAAUCUUAUCCACAAAACCUUCAUCCGUUAGCCACAUAUUCUCAAACUGAAAAGGCCUCUUUCCUCUAUGAAAAUUACCUCCUUCUAGAAGAAUUGGAAAAUGGUUUGAUACUAGGCUAGACAACCACUUUUGACAAACAAAAGGAAACUUAGCCUCCCAAUUUGCUGUCACGAGAAAUCUAUCCAACCUCGAUCUUGAAACAACCUCACGAGAGUUUGACCAAGUGAAAUUCCUCCCUUCUAAUGGUAGGUCAAUCAAACCAUGUUCGGAGAUAAAAUCUGAGAACUGAUGCAUAGCCUGGGUAAAAAAAAACAGAGCCCAAUCGUUCAGAGGGAAACCGUACAACAUUAAAGUCUCCUCCCACACACCAAGGAAUAUCAGAUAGCUCAUCCCAUAAUAAUCUUCUGUCCCGUCAGAAUUAGGCCCAUACACUCCAGUAAAUUCCCAUUCAAAUUGAUCAACCACAUUUUUAAACCCACAAGAAACCAAGAAGUGCCCUGCCCCACUACUUCCUCCAAAAUCUCCACCACCCUUCUGGCCCACAUCACAAGCACCCCUCCAGAAGCACCCACAGAAACUAAAUAAACUGAGUCCACAUGCUGAACACCUCACAGACUACGAAUAAUUCCUCUAGUUAUGAGCUCCAAUUUAGUUUCCUGAAGACAGACAAUAUCUGCCCUCCCAAGACCUAAUCAAAUUUCUAACCCGAAGCCUUUUCUCCUGCUCAUUCAAGCUGUUAAAAUGUAUGUUUGCCUUACUGGGAAAUCUGAGUUCCCGAUGAUUUUUU